ACCACUUAUAAGUUCUGACAUCUAUUUUGUAAAGCAUGCAACUGUUUCUGAAGGAUACAUAUUUACACAAUCACAAGCAGAUUGGCAGGAAUUGUCGUGGGAUUAAUAAUGUAUUGCGUUUGUUCUACAUGUAACUUGUCAACAGAAAUUUCAUAAUUAUCAUGACGUUAGUGACAAACCAUUGACACCGGAUUGAAACUGUUUUGAAAACAAUUGUAUGGAGGAUUUGUAGGUAGACAGGAAAAUAUAACAAUUCACGAGAUCUCACGAUAUUUUGCUCAUACUUCGUUUAAUUUAAAUUCUACAAACAACUACUUUGCCUUGAUGAGAUUCGAUGUAAAAUUCAAAAUGAACAACUCAACAGUCAACGAUAGUGCAUCAUUUUUAGUGAACAACAUAACAGAAAAUAAUAACACAACAAACAAUACUGGUACCCAGCCCACUUUGGCAAGGAACGAGUUUCUUGCUAAAUUUGAAUUAGCUGUGCUAGCUUUUAUGUUCAUAACAGCAGUAAUUGGAAACGUGCUUGUGAUUGUCGCCUUAAAAUGUCACCGUAAAAAGCUGACGCGGAUGCAGUGGUUUAUAAUUCAUUUGUGUAUUGCAGAUUUGUCAUUAGCAUUUUUUAACCAAUUACCACAAUUUGCAUGGGACUUGACGUAUAGGUUUCAAGGAAAUAAUGUUCUAUGCAAGUUUGUUAAAUACGUCCAGUUAAUCUCAAUGUAUUCAUCAUCUUACGUGCUAAUAACCACUGCUUUAGAUAGAUACUUUUCCAUCUGUUAUCCAAUAAACAGUCAGACAUGGACUAUUAAACGAGUUCAUUUUAUGGUGUCUGUGGCAUGGCUUUUAUCCUUCGCAUUUUCGAUUCCUCAGCUAAUAUUUUUUUCCUACGUGGAAGUUGCUCCCGGAAGUAAUGAAUAUGACUGCUGGGAAUCUCUAAGUAACGGACCUAUGUCACAUCUGCAGGCCUAUAUAACGUGGAUAUUUGUGUCGAUUUACCUAGUUCCGUUUCUGGCACUAGUUUUUACUUAUGGAAGAAUAUGCUAUGUUGUUUGGAAGUCCAUGGAUAAUAGAUCUGGUUAUGAACGUCAAAUGCAGUCAAGAAAUGGCAAUUAUGACACACAUCGGACAACCAAUGACAAAUCAAAGAUAAUUCAACCACGUGUGCAUACGAAAAAGGUAUCUAAAUCAAAGAUCAAGACAAUCAAAAUGACCUUGAUUGUCGUCACGUGUUAUCUUCUUUGCUGGGGUCCAUUUUUCAUUGCCCAGAUGUGGUCAGUGUAUGAUUUCAAUGCACCUUUUACAGGAGCCGCUAUGGCCAUUAUACUGUUACUAACAGGAUUAAAUAGCUGUGCCAACCCGUUCAUAUUUCUGGCAUUCAGUGGUAGAUUAUGUAAAUCACCAACAACAGCUGCCCGUACAUCAACUUGUCCAACAUCUCACACAGAACUCAAUUCUGAGACUCGGCUCCGCUCAACAAAUCAUUCUCCGGAUGAACAUACUGACAAAUAUAAAUUUGUGACGCCGCCUGCUAAGGAUUCUUAUCUUUGAGUGCCACUUGGUUCAGAACAAAGAAAAUAUUCAAUCAGGGAUCAUUAACAAAUUCUAAAUAUGUUGUUAUCAUCACUGUACAUUAUAUAUGUACACUGACUAUUGUACUGUUCGCAAUACUUUACACACCAAUUUCGUUCGACAAAAAUGGAGGGUCUGGAUUGGGUUUACAGAAUGAAGGUUAAUGGACAAAAUGUGCUGAAAAAAAGGGCCACACAAAUAGAGCAUAAUUGGGUGCUAAAAUAUAAAGAAUAGAGACUAAUGGUCCAACAAAAAAAAAAUAGAAAAAUAGUCUAUAAAUUAACGAAUGAGAAAUGAAAUGAUUCCCUCUUACUUCACUACGAUUGCUUAAUGAAGUUCGCACAAUAUUCAUCCGGUAGGGCAGUAAGUAAAUAAGUACAGGAAAACGUUUAGUGUUUGUCAUUGGUGGACAAAUUCAAUAUUGGAGUAUUGAAUGUGUAAUAUGCUUUGUUGUCGUCUAUUGUUAUCAUCUGUAGAUUUUAUUGUGUAUAAUGUUUCUACAUUCUUAAUAAGAAGCAACUAGGUAGAACACAAUUAAAACGUACAGGAAGAAAAUUAAUGGCAUUUUAGAAAAUGCAGAAAUAUUCAUAUCAAGAAGUCUGUUGGCAUUUAACAUCAGUAAAAAUAAUACACUUACGAAAAAACAAUGUGCGGUAAAGCACCAUAAAAACUCUCAUAUAAAAACUCAUCAAAGAUAAAAGAUUUAGAAUUUGCCAGACGCGCAUUUCGUCUACAUAAGGCUCCUCCUUGGCGCUGGAAUUAAAACCAUUGGAAGGCCAAAUCGUAAACGAGGUUGAAAAGCAUUAAGAAACCGAAAAUUCUGGAAAAGUGGUGCCAAAUGCUGCGAAGACAAUUCAUGCCUUGGGAUAAAAAUUAACCUAAGUGUUUCGAAUGAUUCAACAUUUGAUAUACAAUAAUUUUGAAAACUAGUAUAAGCACUCUAGUAAAAUAUCGAUGAUAUUCAUGAAACUUUUAAUAAUUUUUAAGCUGCUUAUUUCUAGGGGUAAUUAACAACUGAUUUCUUUAAAUGUAAACAAAGGCAACAGUAGUAUACCGCUGUUCAAUAGUAAUAAAUCGAUCAAGCGAAAACAAAUCCGGGUUACAAACUAAAAUCGAGGGAAAAACGUCAACUUUAAGAGGAAAACAGCUUGAGUCUCAUUCUUUGUUCUCUCAAGAAAAAAUAUAUCCUAAAAAUAUCUAAAUCUAAUUUGAGAUAAAAAAAAAAAAAACUUCAUUCAUUUGUAGAUCAAAUGAUUGUUUAUAUUGAACAAUAUAUCAAGGAGCAGAGAUUAUAAUUUUGAAUUUAUUAUUUCAUUUCAUGACACAUCCUUCAAAUAAAAUAUAUUAAUAAGAAACUUCAAGGUAAAUUGUUUCUAAAAGAAAAAAGCUGGAAAUCCUGGCUUGAUAUUCCUGAGGAGAGAGACAUGCUUAUUGGGUUCAUGUAUUGAUUAUUUGCAUACGCUUUGUCGAUCAAAAGUGUAAUUAUUGCUUGUCGUACCCUCUGCAUAAAUGAUACUUUACUUAUGUAUCCCUCUUGAUUAUAUUAUCCGGGUUUGACUUUACUCUUGGUCCUUUUUUGUUUAAUCAGAUCGUCAUUUUGUAUUAGAAUUUGAAAUUUCAAAUAGUUUGGCUUCGACCAUCGUUGAAAAGAAAUAAAUUGUCGAAAUGCGCAUCUGUUUCGUUAAGACGAGUACCGUAAAUUUUAUGACUGAUUUUAUAUAAAUCAUGCAACAAGACUAGGACAAAUGUUUAAUUUCAGGAUGAGAGGACAAUCGCUAUACAAAAAUGUAAUGCAAAUUCAGAUAUUUCAUAAGCACAAGACAAUGUGAAAAUGGAACCGAGGAUUUUGAUAUUGUAGAAUCAUGAAUCACUUGGGAGGACAUUGAUUAUUCUUGAAUUUUUUUCGUUUUGAAGAUGCUGCCACUUUGAAAUGAUUCCAUUCAAUUGUAUCUUCAAUUUUGAAAAUAAUCCUAAUUUAUAAUACAUUUUUUUGACAUGCUAAUAUGUCUAUAUUUACACUCUGUUCGCCGUCCUCUGAUUCAUUGUCGAUUUUACCUCAAGUAACACGAUAGAAUUUGCUGAUAUUUGAGGAAACCUUAUUUCUUUAUGGCAAAUACUUUUUAUAAGAAUAUAAGUCUUUAAUCAUCGAUAUAGUUCAAUUGGGAGAACAGAUACUGGGAAUUCUAAACAUGUAUAUAUACCCUCGGGGACUAAAAAUUGACCUUAAAUGAGAGGGUAGCUUUGAUUUUAUGUUCAUAAUGCAUAGAUAUUACAACAACAGGACAUCAAGGAGAUUGCAUGUGUUUUGUGUGCACAAUUACACAUCAGUAACCCACAAAACAAUAAUUCAGUAGAACAUUACAAAACAAAAACAAAAAACAAAAAAAAAACUAGAUAAGAUAGGUGUUUGAUAGGUGUAAUAUUAAUUAGAUUUUAAAUAGAUAGUAUAUCUAUACCCUAUAUAGACUUUGUAUAUUUGCUGUGUUGAAUUGUUUUAAUGUGAUCUUAUUAGCAAGAAGCAUUCAUAUAAUG